AUGGCUUACAAGGUCGCAUUCGCACUUGCUAUGCUCACCGUGGCCCAGGCGGCCGUGCUGAGAACUGUGGCACCCGUUGCCGUAGCACCCGCACCCGUUCUGGCCAAGACCGUUGAACUGGAGGAGGUUGAUCCGCAUCCCCAGUACUCGUACAGCUACGAUGUGCAGGACACCCUCUCCGGAGACUCCAAGGGUCAUGUGGAGGAGCGUGAUGGCGAUGUGGUCCGCGGCGAGUACUCCCUGAUCGAUGCCGAUGGCUUUAAGCGCACCGUCACCUACACCGCCGAUUCCAUCAAUGGCUUCAAUGCCGUUGUGCGCCGUGAACCUAUCGUCGCCGUUGCUGAGCCCGUGGUUAAUGCUGCGCCGGUUGCUGUAUCCGCACCGCUUGUCCGCUCUGCUCCAGUUGCCGUCUCCGCACCCCUCGUGCGCUCUGCGCCAGUUGCUGUAUCCGCGCCCCUCGUUCGCUCUGCUCCCCUCGCGGUUGUGAGAACCGCUGCCAUUGCUGCUCCUCUACGAUACACCGCGCCCGCCUAUGCCGUUAGGAACUUGUAACUUGACCUGAUUUAAAUAGUGCUCCUGGUUAUGACUAUAAAACUAUAUGUGAUUCUUUUUUAAAAA